UCCAGUCUCUCGUAUUUCUAGACUCUGACGAAAUUGUCAUGGCUAGAUGCUUAUUUGAGAAUUGGGUCCUAUUCCGAGGCAUAUGAGGCUAUGUCUGGUACCUGGGAGAGAGAGUCAUGCUCCAGUGGUCUAAUCUCCAGUCACAUCUCUCUCUCUGUCUUCCUCCACCUACCACGCAUUGCCCAGAGAUCAUCCUUGCGGACGAGAAUGAGAGUUUGGCAGAUGAAGUAUAGGGACUACAAAGCCUUCCUGGAGGAGGAGACAACAUGCACCCCUCUUGGUUUUGAUGGUCCAAUGUGUCUCUGGAGGUCUAUUCUAAGAUCAGGAGGAUACAUUAUGGCUUAUGCAAGACCAUUUUUGCCAAGGAUGGAAGGAUCGUCGCCUUGGAGAGCCAAGUCAAUUCCUACAAGCAGGAAAUUGCACAACAGGAUGCACUGAUUCAGGAUAUGACACAAAGGCUGGAGCAAACUAGACUAGCAUCUGCGGGUUCCCCGG